UAUUGCUACCUAGCGACGUACACGUGCGCCCUGCGUCGGCACAUGAGUGAGUGUGCGUGUAUGAGUGUGUGAACUGAAGAAGAACCACCACCAAAUGGCAGGCAGCAACAGCAGCAGCAGCAGCCCCGAGCAUAUAAAAGAGCUCGCUCGGCCCUCGACCUGUCACAGCAACCUCAUCGUUCGUUGAGUAAGCAACUCGCUCGAUCUCGCAUCAAUCUCUCUCUCUAGUGCUACGGAACUACGCGUUACCGAAAAACGAUCAUAUCCACAACUCACACAUUAACUUUACACAAAAACACUCACACAAUCGACGACAUGGCCGCCAACUACAAGAGCUGCCCGCUGAAGAAGCGCCCCAUCGUCUUUGUGGAGGAGCUGCCGCAAACGGAGGCCUUGGCAUUGACCAAGACCUCACAGUUUGCCCCAGUGCAGCAGCCACAAUACCAGGAGGAACAGCCACAGGAUCUGUCGCUCAAGCGCAAGGCCUGUGACAUUGAAUUCGAGGAUUAUGAGCUGCCGGCGAAGCGUGAAUACGUGCUGAAUCUGUCGAAGACGCCAGUGACACCACGCCGCGCCAGCUCUCCGCUCAGCUCGGCGCUGCUCUCGCCGCCCGCCGAGCCCAGCAGCCAGGAUUACCAGCCCACUGAUAUACACAUGCGCGGACUGACAGCCGCCACCGCCGGCUACACAACGAAUCCCUAUCAAUCGGCCUUUGUGCUGGCCGCCGGCUGCAAUCCGAUCUCAGCGCUGUGGAAUAGCUAUCAGCCGCAUCUGAAUGCCGCCGCAUUCCCAUCGCCGGCCAGUUCAUUGGCCUCGCCGCACUCGGUCUACAGCUACCAGCAGAUGACGCCGCCCUCGAGCCCUGGCUCGGAUGCCAGCUCCGAGCCGGAGGAUCUCUCGGUGCGCAACGACAUUCCGCUCCCAGCACUGUUCCACCUCUUCGACGAGGCGCGCAGCAGUGCCGGCAGCCAGAGCAGCAACAGCAGCAGCAGCAGCGUCGCCAACUACUCCUAUGCGGCCAGCAUUGGCUCCGGCUCGAGCAGCAGCAACAACAACACGAAUUCCUCGGCUGCUGCCAAAAACUAUCGCUACAAAUGCGAUAACUGCCAGAAGAUGUACUCCACCUCCAUGGGACUGUCCAAGCACCGCCAGUUCCACUGCCCGGCCGCCGAGUGCAACCAGGAGAAGAAGCAGCAUUCGUGCGAGGAGUGCGGCAAGCUCUACACCACCGUUGGAGCACUCAAGAUGCACAUCCGCACCCACACGCUGCCCUGCAAGUGCCCCAUCUGCGGCAAGGCCUUCUCCCGUCCGUGGCUGCUGCAGGGCCACAUUCGCACCCACACGGGCGAGAAGCCCUUCCAGUGCCCCGACUGCCCGCGCUCCUUUGCCGAUCGCUCCAAUCUGCGUGCCCACCAGCAGACGCACGUCGACGUCAAGAAGUACGCCUGCCAGGUGUGCCACAAGUCCUUCUCGCGCAUGUCGCUGCUCAACAAGCACACCAGCUCCAAUUGCACCAUUACAAUUGUCUAGA